AUGUUUUUUGGCGUGCGUUGGUGGACACCCGUCACACACCCCUCAAUUCUAGACUCCGACUCGUACAAAGUGAUGAGCGACGCCGAAGCCAACCGCCUGUUGACAAGUUUGGGGGAAAGCGUGGCCGUUCAGCCGCGAGCGCUGCCCACCCACACUGUGCGUGUUGUGCACUUUUGUGGCGUGCCUUCUGGAUACGGUGCCGACGGCGCGGAGAAUAAUGUCUGCCUUUACAUGUGCUUCAGGGAGGUAAGCUUGUGCUGCUUGCGAGCUUGGCCGUCGCUUGCAGUCAACUAUUGCGUCUGCCAGUAUCGCAACGCCCUCGGCGCCUGCAUUCUGGCCAGCACGACUUGGAGGAACAGACGUGCGCAAGCCCAUGGCUCGUUGAUUUGUCCUCUCAUGGCUACAUGA